UUGACAGAACAAAAAAGGAAAGAAGCUGUGCAAGCUGCGAGCAAUUUGACACAAGCUUUGGUUGAUCAUUUAAAUGUAGGUGUGGCGCAAGCAUAUUUGAAUCAAAAGAAGUUAGAUGCAGAAGCGAAGCAGUUGCAACACAGUGCAACAAAUUUCGCAAAGCAAACACAAUCUUGGUUAAACUUGGUGGAAGCAUUCUCCAGCGCUCUAAAAGAGAUUGGCGAUGCUGAAAAUUGGGCACGCAGCAUUGAGGGAGAUAUGAGAACUAUAGCAACUGCCUUAGAAUAUUCUUAUAAAGCAACACAAGAAACUCAAGGACCCAGUGCUACCUAAGAAUUCAAUAUACACCAUACAUA